GUUACCGGUAGUCGAGACACUACGAUCAAGAUCUGGGAUGCCCGGUCAUACCAGUGUAUCAGAACUCUUGCUGGCCACGAGGGCAGUGUGUUGUGCCUGAAUUAUGAUGACCGGACGAUGGUCUCGGGUUCAUCCGAUACAACUCUCAUCGUGUGGAAUUUACAUAACCUGAAGAAUAUAAUGAGACUUAGAGGUCAUACAGCAGGCAUUUCUGGAGUGUGCUUUGAUGACCGAUGUAUAAUCAGCAGUUCAAAGGACAAUACGAUACGGAUAUGGAAUUUUGCGGAUGGUGCGCCGAUUAGAGUCAUUACAGGACAUUCAGGACCAGUGAAUUCGAUUCAACUGAAAGGAAAUCAUCUUGUAUCUGUGUCCGGCGACGGUCUAAUUAAACUGUGGAAUAUACUUAGUGGAAACUGUAUAAGGAUGUUUUCUGGACAUACUGGAGGAUUGACCUGUGUGCAAUUUGAUGGUCGAAGAAUAGUGAGUGGAGCCAGCGAUCACACAAUCAAAGUAUGGGAUGCAGAGACUGGAAAAUGCUUAUUGACUUGUGAAGGACACACAAAUCUGGUACGAUCUUUGCACGUACAAGAUAAUACAAUUAUAAGUGCUAGCUACGAUGAGACCAUGCGUGUGUGGGAUCUAAGGACGGGUGAAUGUCUCUUAUGUUAUCAAAGUGGACACACAAGCUGGAUCUUUGAUGUCUAUUUUGAUCAAAAGAAGAUUGUGAGUGUUAGUCAAGACAAGAGAAUACUUGUAAUGGAUUUUUCAGAGGGAUUAGACACACGCUUCUUU